UUAAUUAUUUUAAAUUAAAUACUCAUUUAAAAGACAAAUUGAACCGCAUGCGAGCAGCCGUAAUAGAACACUUUAGAAAAGUCACCCCAAUAAUCACCUAAAAAGUAGAGCACUCUAAUCUGACACCAAACAAUAUUUUCUUUAAAGGAAUCUGACCUACCUUGUUUCCUGGUGAAGAGGACAGGAACCGCGCACGUUAAAGUGGUGAUUUUGAUGACUUUACUUAAUGCUGCUGGAUGAGAAUUAAAUUAAUAGAAAUGAAAUCGGCCAUAUGAAGUUGCUUGGAAAUUUCUUUACCCAAUAAUCAUGUCUUUUGGUUGUUUGUUUGUAAGUUGAAAGACAGUAGUCGUUAAUUUCUAGGUCAAGAAAAGAUAGAUAAAGACUUAGACUUUGCUAGGAGACUAAUUUCUUUUCCAGCACCCUCCUUCCUAGAAAAUUUGUUUGAGGUGGAAUUCAUCAACAUAACAGAACAGACGGAGAGACUGAAAGAAAAGGAAGAAUUUAUUUUUUAUUAUUAACAUGCAAGAGGAAGAGCCUAGGAUGGAUCCGCAAGACGAAGUUCUGGCCGUUGUUGUGGUUAAUCUUGAGGAGCAAAUGAACCGGCACAGGCAGCAGACGCCCGAUCGUGGAACUUACACCAUGUCUGCUUUUCCUGAUGUCCUUGUUGAAAUAGAUGAUUCGAUCCAAUGCCGAUUGCCAAAGUUAGCAUCAUUCGGCCCUUAUCACAGAGACAAACAACAUCUACGUCCCUUCGAAGAGCACAAGAGAACUUUUCUUGCCCAAUUUCUUCAUCGGACAGGAAUACCGGAGAGAGAUCAGUUUUUCUCUUCUGAGGAAUUGCGGGAGCUAAAAGAAACAACAAAAAGAUGCUACCCUCAACAAGUUAUGCCUUCUGAUGAUGACGACCUUGUUAACAUGAUGUUGCUCGAUGGUUGCUUUAUGGUAGAGCUCUUCCGUCAAUAUGAGGAGGGUAGGGAUGAUUGGCCAUGGUCUGUCCCAACUCUGAUUGCAGAUCUACUGAAACUGGAGAACCAGUUACCCUUUUUCAUUGUUGAGAAAUUGUUUGCUUUAUCCAACAUUGGUCAACGCGCAACUAUCAGCACUUUGCCUAACCUUGCCUGGAGAUUUUUGAAACAAGUCUUCUACAGCACUUCAAACGUGGUCAACUCCCAAAUUCAAAACCCCAAACAUUUACUGGACUUAUUCCGCUCCAGUCUUCUUCCCUCAACCGAAGAAGACCCACAACAAAGGAAUCAGAGUCUUUUGAAGUAUGCAAUCCAAAGCGUGAAGCACCUGCGCAAUUCAGGAAUCACGGUAAGGCAAAAGACAGCUAAAAGUCUCUUGGAGAUAGAAUUCAGGAAAGUUCAACUCCCACCCUUAGCUCUUAAAAUCCCUCCCUUCCCCAUAAAUGAUUGCACUAGCACCAUCCUGGUGAACUGUGUUGCUUUGGAACAAUGUUCGCCAGUUAAAGACAAACAUUUCACUUCUUAUGUAUGCUUCAUGCAUUACCUCGUGAAGGAACCCGAAGAUGUUAAAUUUCUCCGUUCUGUCGACAUUAUCAAGGGCCCUUCGCAAGAUGAGAUGCGCUUUAUAAACAUGCUGAAUAAUCUCGGGCUAAAUUUCAGCUACAGUGCUCGAGGAUGCUAUCUCUGGAAGCAGCUGCGGGAAAUUCACUCCUAUUACAAUAGCUGUUGGGCAUCAAUUAGGCGCAAUUUUGUUAACUACAACAGCAUCAUGCUAUAUUGUUCUAUAAUACAGAUUGUAGUCGCUAUCCUCGGCUGGUUUAUUUCAGGAAACUAAGCCGAGAAUAGAAGAAAUACAUUUCGGUUUUCCUUUCUUGUUUCCAGCUUACUUUUAUUUUGAGAGUGAGUUGUCUGCAUCUUUGGUUCUGAAAUAAGAAAUCGAAGCUGAUUUCAGAUGGUUAGACUGCUUUCAACAAGAAACAAUCGUCAGAUUAAUUUUAGCAGAACUCAUGUUUUCAUCACAUAUUUUGGCCCAUUAAAGAGGAUAGAGUUCUGUCCUUGGGCAGAGCAGAAUUAGACUUGGGAGAACGGGAUUGUGAGUCAACUCAAUGUAGACUAGUGAGUGGCAAUUUCGUUUCACCUUUCACGCGUUCCGCUGCUCAUGCUAAACUUCAAGUAAUUUUUAAGUUUUUUUUUUUUUUUUUGCCAUCAAAUUUUAAGUUUAGGUUUAACUGUUAUUAAUGUUACUUAAAAAUGGCCAAUAAUUCUUAUUAGUCUUAAUAUU